CGUCGUUGGCACCGCGAAUUACAUGCAUGGGACAGAUGGGUCGCCCCCGCUGCGGCGGUGGGAGAGCGCAUUCAGCAAUUUUCCAUGGUUGCCGGUCCCGUGGUCGAAACCCCGACAGAGUCGGAGCUCGACGCCCGCGUGCCAUCGGACACCUCUUUCCCGAUGAAAGCUCGUACCUGGGUGAUGACCCACAAGCGCACAGCUGCGCUCGUUGCAGCCCUCGCCGUUGUUGGCACGAUCCUCGGCGCGAUCACGGUGGAGCACACCCUGUUCACCAGCAAAGCGUCCCAGUCUGCCACCGCAAUCUCGGGGGUGUGCUAUGACUCGUACAACGCCGCCGACAUGGAAAAGCACUUUGGCAUGAUCAAGCAAAAGUUCAACGCCGUGCGUACGUACCAGACCAAGCUCGGCAACAAGAACAUGGCGGCCGCCGCGGGCCAAGUUGGCCUCAAAAUUGCUGCUGGCGCGUGGCUCCGCAACGGAAACGACUGGAAGGCCGACGUCCAGGCGGCCAUUGAUGCCCACAAGCAGCACGGCAAUGUCUUGGCCAUCUACGUCGGCAACGAAGACCUCAUGCAUGGGAUUGGCGCCGGGGAGAUCAUCUACGACAUCGCAACGGCCAAGGGUAUGGUGCGAGCAGCUGGAGUGAACAUCCAAGUCGGCACGGUCCAGACGGAUGGCAUCUUUCUUGCCAACCCUGACCUUGCGAACGCUUGCGACACGAUCGGAGUCAAUAUCUACCCGUUCUUCGGUGCAUCAGACGACUCAUGGCGAACACCGGUCAAGGACCUGACCGUGCGCUGGAAUGCCAUUGCCGCCAAGUACGGCCACUUGAACCCGCGUUUGACGGAAACCGGGUGGCCGUCCGGCGGCGGCAACAACGGCCCGCACGUGAGCAACUGGGAUAACGCCAAGUCGUACUUUGAAUCGUACUCGGACUGGGCUCGCGGCAGCGGCGGGGACGCUUCCUUCUACUUUAUGUUCCACGACAACCCAAGCAAGGGCGGGUUUGAAGCGAACUUUGGGAUUUCGGACCCCAACGGUGUGUUUAAGUUCAACGUGGCUCCGGCCCCGGCCCCCCCGGCUCCCACGCCUCCUCCCACCGCGCCGCCGACCCCGCCCCCCACUGCGCCCCCUACCACGACCCCCCCGCCGACGGAACCCCCCACCACGACCCCUCCCCCCACUACUCCAGUUCCCACUCCUGAGCCCACAACGUCGGCCCCGGCGAACAACGGCACAACCACGCCCGAACCGACUAACUCGACGUCUCCGGAAUCCACGGCUUGGAACAGCACUGACGUCGCGAAUGGCACUCUGGUCGAUAGUUCGACGACUAUUCUCAUGGACUCGAAUACCUCGUCCUUGGAUCUGCCUCAAGCGCCCAACGGCGGUGCGAAUGGAGCACCGGUUCCAGCGGGCGGCAGCAGCGAUUCGGCCAGCGUGAACGGCGUUGUGCUCAACUCGGGGGAAGAGGACAGCGCCCCGACCAUGUCCAUCCUGCUUGCGAGUGUCGCUGCGGUCGGUGCCGCCGCCGUGAUUGCGCUGAUUGUGUACAACCGCCGCAUGGCAGCCAUGAAUGACUCGAAGGACGACCUGGAGCGGUACGACUCGUCGUCCCGCGACUUUGGCUCGAUCUUGCAGACCGGGCAAAGCCAGAUUGCGAUUUUGUAGUCUGUUGCCGCGCGUAGUUGUUCCAGUAUUGUAAAUAUUGUGUGUCGUUUUUAUUCCUCUC